GGACGGACUGGGGCUUGCUUUACGGAGAGCUAGCUUGCCCCUUGUCAAGAUUGACAACGCCACAGACAGCACAGCUUCCAGCGUGCCUGAGUCCGGACUUGCGCAGCACAAUGAGCCCAAAGCGCCGAUCCCCGGUGCCCAAGGACUGCGGGACAAACUCAUAUCAGGUUUUGCAGCUACCUUCAAAUGAUUGAUAGACGACGCUGGCGCAAUAUCGAACAGCAGAUCUUGAAACACAAACACUACUCAAGUCGGGCCUCGUGACUGCUUGGUCAGCGCUGGACGAUGACAUCAUGGGUUAUUGAUGGCUCCAACACUCCCUCGCUCGGAGACCUCGCACGAGCCAGUCGCCUUCUGCACGGCUUUCACUACGCAGAAGAGCCUGCGCUCUCGCAGAAUGCAGGGUUUCUAUGAAGAACCUUUAUCCAGGUGGUUGAGGCACCGAGCUACUCAGUCUCGAUGCGCUCAUCCAUUCGGCGUGGCACAGGCUGUUUCGCCGCUGGGGCUUGGAGCGAGUCAGGCCAAGGUCGAUCUCGAGCAGCGCAGGGCGAUCAGGUGGUCCUUUGGCAGCAUGGCCCGUUGGCUCACAAAUCCGAUGCAGUUCCUGCGCUUCAUUGCGCUGCAACACAUCUAUGUCUUGAGGGUACGUCUUACCUGGGCCGGGUCGGACACUCGUAUCUUGCAAGGCAAGUCUGUGGCAGAACUACGGACAACGGAUGACCGCAGACGAUGCAAGGUCGGCAGGAACCAGGAGAAGCGUUUCACACUUGACCGCGUUCAGAGCCUUCCUUCAGAUGCCAGCUCUUCAGCUCUUCUCACUGAAUUCGUUCAUUAUGCUCCAAAGACGUGUUUGGAGGAUCCCAUUCUCCCUGGCUUUAGGAGCCCUCUUCAUUAUUAUCAUAAGACGAUCGAGGAACUUGUUUUGGGACUCCCCCCGUCCCUGGCUGACGUCGACAGAUACUCUACAAAGCUACUGCAAAAUCACACCUCAAGGCGUCAACUCGCCCUUGCCAAGCACUACGGCCUGCAUUACCCAGAUAUUCCUCAGACCACCAGUCACCCUGGGAUCAAGCCUGCCUGGCGGCAGCAGAUGGCAGAGAGCAAAGAAGAAGCAUGUCGACAACGCAACACCUUUAUAGAUAUCCAAAGCAAGCCACAAUUAAAUUUUAAAAGUCAAUUGAUUAUUUAUGAAUCAACUCAAAACGAAGU